AUGUUUCGAAGAGCUUUAUUCAAAAGUGGUGCGUUAGGUAUCAGAUCAAUAGCCUGGGUUUCGAGGAUACCUAAGCAUAGCAAGGUUUUGUUUGUUACGCCAAGAUGGGUACUGCAGACCUCGCGAAUGUACUCAUUAAGUACUCAGGGCGAGAAUUUAGAGGGCAAAAUCGAUCAGUUGAGCGAUAAUGAAUAUAGUAGACUCUCCAAUGAGUACCUAGAGGAAUUGUCUGACUCUUUAGAAGCUUUGGGUGAGCAAUUUGGUCAGGUGGAUUCCGAGUUGAAUCACGGUGUUUUGACAUUGACUCUUCCACCCAACGGAACGUACGUUAUCAACAAACAACCACCUAAUAAGCAGAUAUGGUUGAGCUCCCCUAUAAGCGGUCCCAAAAGAUUUGAUCUAAUAGAAGGCAAAUGGGUAACUUUAAGAGACGGAAGUUCCUUAACUGAACUAUUAGAAGAGGAGGUGUCCAAGGCAAUUGGAUCUAAUUUUAAGCUCAACAUUGAUAGAUAA